AUGUCGUCGACAAGCAGCGUUUGUUCAUCAAAUGAGGCCGAUUUUAUCAUUGAUACUAGGGUGAGUUUUGAAGCUGAAAAUUUCUAAUGAAAAGUAUUUUUUCAAAUUCAGAUUCCUGCUGCAGUUCGUCGAGAUAUUGAUCGAUUUUCGGUUUUUGUCAAUCGACUUCGCUCCACACUUGAUAUCAAUUCUUCAGUUGUUGGUAUGUGGCAACAAAACGUGCUAAAUCCAAAUUUUGCGAAGCAGAAAAACGCGUACUCAAUUAAGUGUUGUAGUUUUCUUUUUUCACAGGCAAAAACAUUUUUCUUCACAGUGCACUUUGCAAUUCUUAAUUUUGAUCUACCUAAAAUUUAGUGCGCGAAAUAUUAAUUAUUCUCAAACGAGAGAUAGUGUAAAUCCAAGAGAGGUCAGAGAUAUUAGUGAGACUAUUUUUAAAAGGGUACAAUGUAAAGUUCAAUCAAUAUACACCGCCAUUUCUUUUUUUCUGACAAGUUCGCAUUGUUUUUUGUCUAGUUUUUUUUACUUCUGUGCUCAAUUUUUAAUCUUUCGAUCUUAAAAUCAAAAAAGGUUUGACAAAGUUCAGCCAAAAACUGAACUUGUGUUAUAAAAUAAGAUUUUCGAAUUCACUAAUUUUAAAAAUUCCUCGCUGAAAAAAUGAAAAUUCAAUUUUUGCAGAUGGCGAAUCAAUGUGUGUCAAUGUUCACGCGGCUCUCGAAAUGGUCAGCGAAUCGAUGCGAGAUCUUUUCAAAUAUUCACAAUUCAAAACUAAUCCCAUCAUUUUGCUAUCUCUUCAACUUGUGCAAGCUGUUAAAGGUGAGUUCUUCAAGGAAAAUAUUGAGGAAAAACAUUUUAGUGAAGCUUGAUUAUUGACAACAAUUUUCAAAUGUUCAUUGAGAACUUCAUCGGAAAAGUUAGAUAUCAAUUAAUUUUUUUCAAAAAAAAUUGUUUUUAAUUAGGAUAACUUUAGCUGUAAUAUGGAAUGCGCAGAGUUCGUUAGUUUAAGUUGAUAUUUCAAAAUUCUUUGAACUUUUUCUGGAAAAGUUUUAAGAAAAACUAUAAAAUUUUCUAGUGAAAAACUUUUGAAAAUCCAAAAAAAAAGUUAGCAAAUCUUCUGCACACUCAUUUUUCAUUUUAUUUUUUCUCACUCUUUCAGAUUUGAAAUUCGAUACGUGCUCAGUUGAUACGACACCAGUGCUCAAUAUUAUCGAUCAAUUGGAAUCAGCUGUGCUCAACGUUAUUUUGUGAGUUUUUUUUCGCAGUUUAUUAGCUCGCUAUGAGUUUUGAACGUGGACGAAAUUGGAUACGGUAGUUUUUGAAGCGGGAAAAUUUAAAAUUUGAUUUUUUUAAUAAGUUGUUUUUUUUAGAAAUCGCCACAUUGUUUCAUCGGUUCAUCACACACCGACAAGAAGUUCGACACUUGGAAGAUGGAAGCAAAUUGUGAGUUUUUAAAAAGUCGUUUUUUUUUUUUUGAAUCGUAGAAUUUCUCUGCGUCUCCGUCACUCUCGCCGAUUGCUCAUGUUGUGAGCACCAAAAAAAUCAAAAAUGUUUUUUUUGGAAUAAAAUAUAAAUUAAAAUUUUCAAACGUGACCCAAUUUUUUCCGCGUCAUUUUUCGAAAUUCGAAAAAUUAGAGUUAUUUUGAAAAUUUCUAUAUUUCUGAAAUGGUUUCGUUUUUCAAAAGUUUCCAAUUCAUCAAAAAAGUAAGUUCAAACUUCAUUAUUUUUGCAAAAUCCACGUGGGUAUUGGGCUCAAAAAAAUCCACGUAUUUUUCAAAACAAAGACAAAACGAAAUAUAUUUUAUUUUGUUUUGUUUAACACAAAAUCAAUGGCCAGACGAAAAAAAACAUUGCGAAAAUUUUUCUCUUUUCCCUAUUUUUUCUAUAUAAUAAUAGUUUUAUAAUUUUGUAUGCCCAUCAAUUUUUAUUCGAAAUUGAAAAAAAAUUCAUUUUUCAAAAAAAUUUCUCAAUUUUUCUCCGGAAAAAUCAUACAAAAAUUAAAUGAACAAAAAACGGUAUCUCUUCGGAAAAGUCAGAUUUUGGGUUAGUAUUAUUUUCAGAGAUUUUCGUUUAUUAAAAAUUUGAAUUUUUCAGAGUUCCACGGAUUCAUACUUGCGUCAAAGUGUUGCGUCGUCGACAGCAAGCGGAAUGACGCAAUCGCUUCAACGCAGGCAUUCAACACAUCAAACCGCAGCCGCGACAAAUUCGAUCGAUGGCAAUUUUGAGCGUGAGUUUUUUUAAAAAUAAGUAUUUUUGAGCAUAAAACUUACAUAGUUUCAAAAAUUUAAAGAAUUUAUGAAACAGUUUUUUGUUCAAUUUUAGUUUCGAAUAUCCACGUGGAAUUUUUUCAAGUUUUUGGAAUCUCUUUUGGUGCCAAUUUUUUUGAGAAAUUCUUUCAUAUUUAAAAAUAUAUUCAAUAAAGAAAAAUGCUUUUGAUGUCAAAAAUCCACUUGAAAUUAUAUAAAGUUUAAAUAAAAAUCUAAUCUUGAAUCCAGAAAAUUUGAAUUUUUCCCGCAUAAAAAUUCCACGUGGCACAAUGUUUUAACCCGUAUUUUGAUCUCAACAAACCCAAAUCACAUCAUAAUAUUUUCAUUUUAAUUUGAAAAAAAAAACAAGUUUGCAUGUCACUUUUCCUUCAAUAUCACAUCAUUUUCAAGUCAUGAGCUGAAAAAGAGCUGAAAAACAAUGACAAAUUAUUCAGAAUUUCUACGUAAAGCCCAACCCAUUUCAAAUACAAUAUUUGUGUAUAUAAAUGGGAAUGAUCAGCUACAAAUAAUGCAAAUUUUUUUCUUGUGAUAUUUUUCCUAUCUUCAAAAUAUUAAGAUUUUUCAGAAAAUCCCACGAUGGAAAUCGACAAACUUCUGAUAAAUCGUGCUGAUGGAGUUGACGUGGCAUUUGAAAGAACAAAAGCUUGGAGUUUAUACAGCAAAGAUGUGAUAUCUUAUGUAAGAUCAAGAAUUCAAUUGGAACAAGAUCAUGCAAGAAAAGUUCAUCAAUUGGUAGAAACAUCGAGAAGAGAUAUCAAUAAACCAUUUAUGCCACUUAGACAAACAUUUGAGAAUUCUUUUGAUGUUGAAGUUGAAAUGGUUCAACAUACUCGAGAAACUACAGAACAUUUAAAAGAUCGUGUAGUUGAAGCAUUAGAUGCAAGAAGAAAAGAACAUGAUGCAACACGGAAUUCGAUGAAAAUUGAGUGGAAUAAAUCGAUGAAAAGCUUACAUGAUGCGGAAGAAUCUUAUGAUAAAGCAAAAAUUGCAUUGAGAAUGAGAGAAGAAGCAUUGAAGAAAGCUAGAGAAUCAAUAUUACGGUCUGAAAGUUUACCGCAAGAUCGAGAAGCUUCGAGGAGAAAAAGGGAUUUUGAGAAGAAGACGAGAGUUGUUGAAGAGGCUUUGAUGAAAAAAGAGGAAGCUGAAAGAUUGGUUGCCACGUUGACUGGAGAAUUGAGGAAGAAACGGAGGGAGAUUGAGAAGGUUAAGGUUAGUUGGUUUGGGGAACCAUGGGAGAGGGUGGGCUCACGGGCAGAGCGGGGAAGACACCUUGGGCAGGGUAGGUUGGGACGAGGGCUUACUCAGUUCUUGGUAUCCCGUGAAAUUUCUGUAUUGUAUUUGUAUAUCUGUUUGAUCUUGACCGGGAUUUUUAACUCAGAAUCAAUUUUAA